AAAGGGUUACAAUUGUUGGGAAGAACCAGCACAAUGCUCGUGUUCAUUCUGUUAACCUCCUUGGUAGUUUCACUUGCGGCUAAAGAUUGUGAUUUUGAGAGUGGCAAAUGUGGCUGGAUAAACGAUUGCAAUAGUUUCUUAAAAUGGAAUCGUCGCCAGGGAUUUUCUCACACCGGAAAAGGUUACUUUAUGUCCAUGGACGCAAGCAAAGGCAUGCUCGAUGAUAACGCUGGCCUUUACACUAAAUUCAAGGGUGAUACAUGUCUGACCUUUUGGUAUAAUAUGCGAGGAAACGGAGCUGGUUCGAUAGAGGUGAGGGUUGACAUGGGUCGGCUAGUGUUGGAGCUCAAAGGACCUAAAGAUACUGACUGGCACAAGGCUCAAGUCGAGGUCACUAAAGCAAAAAGGAAGAUUACGAUUUACGGUUUUCGAGGGGAAAAAAGGGGAGGUUCCAUAGCCAUCGAUGACAUAUCAUUCACUGAUGGUUGCGGCGGACCCAGUCCCCCGACAGGUCAACCGACGCCACCGACAGGUCAUCCAACUCCCCCACCACCAAACACUCCGCCAGUGCCUGGUACGGCUCCACCAACAGGCUCGUGUGGGCUUAAAGGAAACCAAAGAAUAGUAGGUGGAAACCCAGCAAAGAAUAACGAAUGGCCUUGGCAGGCGCUUUUGAUGGAUAAGCGAAAGAAUCAGUUCUGUGGAGGCUCGCUGAUCUCACCUCAGUGGGUGUUGACCGCUGCCCAUUGUAUCGAUGGGGAGAGCACUGCCAGCGUUCAAGUCAGACUAGGAGCACACAAAAGAAAAGGUGAAAAACCAGGUGCAAUUGUCCAAGACUUUAAGGUUAUUCAGAUCAUUGCUCACGAAAAAUACAACAAGAGAACACAAAGCAACGACGUCGCACUUCUGAAGUUAGAACGUAAGGCCAACCUGAACAGCAAAGUGAAUCUAGUAUGCCUUCCGGAGGCUCUCUCUAAGCCAGCCGAUCAACAGAUGUGCUGGACAACAGGCUGGGGUACGACUUCAUCCGGAGGUUCACAACCUGGCGUGUUACAUGAAGUGCAAGUUCCAGCUGUUUCCCAUGAUGUAUGUAACAAGGCGUAUGGUGGGGCUAUUGAUAGCAGUAUGAUCUGCGCUGGCCUUAAGCAAGGUGGAAAGGAUGCUUGUCAGGGUGAUAGCGGGGGACCAUUUGUCUGCGGUAAAAAGGAUGGUAAUGUCGAAAGAUUUUACCUGCACGGUGUAACGAGCUGGGGACAUGGCUGCGCCGCCAAAGAAAAGUACGGAGUGUAUGCUAGGGUGUCGAUGUUUAUUGACUGGAUCCAGAAAAAGGCAGGAAUCGGAAAACCAGGAAAACCGGGAAAACCUACAACAGCUCCACCAGCCACGAUGCCACCAGUGCCUGGAACAAAUCCACCACAAGACGGGUGCGGUAAAGGAUUUGCUUCAAGGAUUGUUGGGGGCGUGGAAGCUGGAGUGGGUGAUUGGCCUUGGCAGGCGCUUCUACAGAGUCCAAGAGGUUCUCAGUUCUGCGGUGGAACUUUAGUGCACAGACAGUGGGUAAUGACUGCAUCUCACUGCGUGGAUGGCUCGAAACCUAAAGACAUCGUGGUUAGAAUGGGUGCACAUUAUCGUGAGGAAAGUGACGCUGGCGCAACAUCUUCGAACGAACAGAAGUUUAAAGUUUUACAAAUCAUCAUGCACGGGAACUACGACUCAAACACGAUGCAUAAUGACGUUGCAGUUUUAAAACUUGACAGGCCUGCCCAUCUGGACCGGUAAGGAAGAGUAAGUUGGUCUACAAUAGAUCUGUCACCAACGGUUUGUCGCUAACAGUCACGUGCACUUUCUAAAACAUAGGCACGCAAGGCGUGCAUGAAUUAAAACCCAUUUAAUACAUAGUCCAACACGCCGACUAAGAGAUAUUUUUUAGUUUUAGAAUGUUUUACUAAGCAAUUUGCAGCGUAUAAGUAAAUAUAUAAAAUAUCAUACAUUUGAACUGCAGUGAAAGAUACGAAGACAUGCCGUGGGUUGAUCGUCGUAGUUAUAUACGCAGCUUAAGCAGCUGUGAAAGAAGGCCUGGAAAAAAAAA